AUGUCGUUUGACUACGAAUCUGCUCUGUCUCCACGAGCAUCUGACGGAGUCGACAAAGAGUUACAAACAUUCAUCCAAACAAUACAACAGAGAGCAGAGUUUCAGAAUCAUGUCAAUCGUUUGGCUUCUGUGUGCUGGGAUAAAUGUGUUACUGGAUAUCCGUCCUCAAAAAUGGAUGCUAAAAAGGGGAAUUGUGUUGAGAACUGUACGGAACGUUUUCUUGAUGUUUCCAUGCUUCUUCGUAGCAGGUUUCAAUCUAUGUUGACGAAUUUGCAGCAGUAG